CUCCUCCCUUCCACCUUCUCACACUCCAUUUUCCCCUCAUCUUCUUUUUCCUUCUCCACCUCCUCGUUCAUCUUCUGCUUUUGUACCCGCCACCGUUCGAAGGUUCUUGAUUCGUAUGAUUAUAUUUGUUCUGGGGUUGAAUUGAAUUUGGGAGUGUGCCUGAAGGAGACAUUUCUUUCCCAUGUUCUUAAUCGAGGACCUCUUCGAGAUGUUAUUCCUCGAUCGAAUCGUGUCAGAGUCCUUUGUCCGCUCGGUGUCCAAUUCAGUCUCCAACACCGACUGCAAAUCUUCUGAGCUCGAGGCAUCAUGUCGCAAUGACAGCGAGGCCUUCACUCUUAAGUUCGUCGCAAUGGCCUCGAUCUUGGUGGCGGGCAUGAUUGGGAUCGCAAUCCCGCUUGUUGGGAAGCGCAAGAAAUUCCUGCAAACUGAUGGGAGUCUCUUCAUUGCGGCCAAGGCAUUUGCGGCUGGAGUAAUCCUUGCUACCGGGUUUGUCCAUAUGUUGUCGGGAGGGACUAAGGCUCUGUCAGAUCCAUGCCUGCCUGAGUACCCAUGGACCAAAUUCCCAUUUGCUGGUUUCUUUGCGAUGGUGGCCGCUCUGGUGACCCUGCUAGUCGAUUUCGUGGGGACUCAGUAUUACGAGAGGAAGCAGGGGUUGACUCAUUCGACUGAGGAGCAAGGACGUGUCGGGGCAGUGAACCCAGGUCUUGAGUCGGGCAUAUUACCUGUAGAUGGAAAAGAGUGGAAUGGGAAGUUGUUUGGAGAGGAAGAAGGUGGUGGCAUGCACAUCGUCGGGAUGCAUGCACACGCAGCUCACCACAGGCAUAACCACUCCCAUGGCCAGGAGGCCUGUGAAGGGAACGUGAGGGAGCCUCCACACUCUCAUGGGCAUGAUCAUGGCCACGGGCAUGGACAUUCUCAUGGGUUCAGAGAUGGUGGUGGGGAUGGUGGGCUUCGCCAUGUCGUUGUUUCUCAGAUCUUGGAGCUCGGUAUCGUGUCUCAUUCGGUGAUCAUUGGGCUGUCCCUAGGGGUGUCUGAGAGCCCAUGCACGAUCCGGCCCCUGAUUGCAGCCCUCUCCUUUCACCAGUUCUUCGAGGGCUUCGCCCUUGGUGGCUGCAUCUCCCAGGCCCAGUUCAAGACCUCCUCGGCCAUGAUCAUGGCCUGCUUCUUUGCCCUCACGACCCCAGCUGGGAUCGGGGUGGGGACCGCCGUCGCCUCCUUCUACAACCCGAACAGCCCCCGAGCCCUCGUGACAGAGGGCAUCCUCGACUGCCUCUCGGCGGGCAUCUUGGUGUACAUGGCUCUUGUGGAUCUCAUCGCAGCCGACUUCCUAAGCAAGAGGAUGAGCUGCAACUUUAGGCUCCAAGUUGUAUCUUAUGUGAUGCUCUUCCUGGGGGCCGGUCUAAUGGCCUUGCUCGCUAUAUGGGCUUAGCGUCUCCCCCCCUCUCUCUCCGUAAAUGAAUUCGAUUGGUCCCGAUUGGGGAAAUUCAUUGAGGAAAAUAGAUGUUUUAGUUUUAGCUCGUCUUAUUGGAGAGUAACCAGUAGAUUGGUGGUGGAAUUCUUUGUAAUUCUAUCUAAUAUAUAUAAGCUUAUGAUCUGGUUCAUUUCCACGUCAAUGAAGGUGUUCUCUUGUACAUUGCCGUUU